UCGCCUGCGCUACUACAGGAACAAGAAGCCCCGCCCAUCCACAGCUCCCGCCGCUCCAUCGUUGGAGCCCUGGGACUUCCACACCACAACACCGAGGAGAGAGCUCUCGGUGAAGCCGCAGCUCCCCAUCCAGUCCCACGGUUCGACAGAAGAGCUGGUCCGAAGGCAGUGGAGGUGAUGAUGGCGGCGGCGGUGGAUAGAGGAGGCGUUCGGGCCGCUUUCCUGAACCCGGGCAGCGGCGGUGGCGGCGGCGGUGGACCUGCACCAGCGUCCCUCCCUACCGGAGCGGCUCUGGGGGCUGUCGUCCCGGGUUCGGGCUCUGGUUCGGGCUCUGGCGCCGUGCCUGUGCCCAUGAACCUCUUCGCGACAUGGGAAAUAGACCGGUCGUCUCCGAGCUGUGUUCCAAGGCUCUGCAGUCUCACGUUGAAGAAGCUGAUUGUGCUCAAAGAACUGGAUAAAGAGCUCAACUCGCUGUCUAUAGCUGUCAAAAUACAGGGCUCCAAGCGGCUCCUGAGGUCAAACGAGUACGUCCUCCCUCCCAACGGGCUGAUGGAGACUGACCUGGAGCUCACCUUCUCACUACAGUACCCCCACUUCCUGAAGAGGGACGCCAACAGACUGCAGAUCAUGCUGCAGAGGAGAAAGCGCUACAAAAACCGAACCAUCCUGGGCUACAAGACGCUGGCCGUGGGAGUCAUCAACAUGGCGGAGGUGAUGCAACAUCCCACCGACGGGGGACAGAUACUGGGUCUCCAUAGCAACGUGAAGGAGGCGCCGCUGCGCGUGGCGGAGAUCAGCGUGUACUCUCUGUCUAGCCAGCCCAUCGACCACGAGGACGGCAGCGGCCAGGCCGGACGCAAGACCAAGGCCUCAGACCGCUCCCCAGACAUGGAUAACUACUCGGAGGAGGACGAUGACAGCUACUCCUCAGGGCAGGAAGCCAGCGACGAUGCCGCUCAUGGCCAGGAUCUCUACGAUGAGGACGACGAGGUCAGGAAGCCCAAGAAGGCGAGGAGGAAGAUGAUCCGGACCACCUCCAUGACGCGGCAACCCAACUUCAAGCAGAAGUUUGUGGCCCUACUGAAGAGGUUCAAGGUGACCGACGAGGUCCUGGACUCGGACCCGGUGGACCAGACCCAGGAGGUGGAGGAGGACCUGGACCUGCUCUACGACAGCCUGGAGGUGUACAACCAGAGCGACAGCGGGCCAGAGAUGGAGGACAACGAGAGCGUGCUCAGCACCCCCAAGCCCAAACUUAAGCCGUUCUUCGAGGGCAUGUCCCACUCCAGCUCCCAGACGGAGAUCGGGAGCCUGCACAGUCAGAAGAGCCAACACAGGGAGCUGUCCUUUCCCAGCGGAGAGUUCUUGACCGUGGACAGAUGUAAAGUCACACCGGGCACCCGCUACCAGGACGACAUCAUCCCUGACCCCGUCAUCGGGGAGAUGGAGGCUGACGACAGCGGGCUGGGCCAGGGCCCGACCCAGGGGGAGGUGAGCGGCAGCUGGGACGUCAGCACCGAGCGGCUGGCCAGCACCGUGGGGAAGCUCUGCAAGACGGAGUCCCAGAACCACAUGUCUCCCAGCAAGGCGGAGAACAAGCUGCAGCGUCGUCCGCGCAGCACCUCCAUGAAGGACCGGCAGAACUCCAAGGCCCAGAGCGACCGCACCAGCAGCAUGGAGAGCGAGUGCUCCCCGGACUCCCGGCUCGGAGCGCAGGUCCCCAGGAAGUCUGUGUACGACCAGCUGAACCAGAUCCUCAUCUCUGACGAGCGCUUACCCGAGAGCAUCAUCCUCAUCAACACCAUGGAGUGGCAAGGCCAGUAUGUAGCCGAGGUGCUGCAUGGGCACGGCCAGCCAAUCGUGUCCACCUGCUCUGCUGCAGACGUCCAGGCUGCCUUCAACACCAUCGUCACACGCAUACAGAGAUUCUGUAACUGCAACGCCCAGAUGCCUCCCACCAUCAAGGUGGCGGUGGCGGGGGACCAGUGCUACCUGAGCACCAUCCUGCGCUUCUUUGUGGAGCAGCUGGCCAACAAGACCCCCGACUGGCUCAGCUACAUUCGCUUCCUGGUCAUCCCCAUCGGUUCCCAUCCCCUGGCUAAGUACAUGGCGUCGUUCGACAGCCGCUUCAACACCAUCUUCAUGGACACGGCCUGGAGGGACCUGUUCUGCAGGACAGAGCGGCCCACUUUAGAUAACCUUGACGUGGCGGGGCGCGUGGGCCAGUACCUGGCCGGCGCCAACGUCUCCCACCAGUUCCCCAUCUCAGAAGCCAUGCUCACCUACAAACAGAAGAGCCCCGAUGAGGACUCCUGCCAGAAAUUCGUGCCAUUUAUUGGGGUGGUGAAGGUCGGGAUCGUGGAGCACAGUCUCUCCACCUCAGUGGACUCUGACGACGCCAUGGUGGUGAACCCGGGCAUCCUGUCGUCGCCCACGCCGCCCGCGCCCGGCUCGUACGGCAAGGAGAUCGGCAACACGCCGCCGCAGUCCCCCUCCGUGUCCACCGCCCUCUCCGGAGCUGGUUCUCCGUGCUCGGGCGGCGAGGUGAUGGGGCUGCAGGUGGACUACUGGACGUGGCAGGGCCCGGAGAAGAAGAAGGAGGGCGAGAAGAGGGACGUGGGCCUGAAGAACACGCUGAAGAGCAACUUCCGCUCGCUACAGGUCAGCCGUCUGCCCUGCGGGGGCGAGCUCACCCCCCCGCCCAGCAUGGCCAUGACCGUGGUCACCAAGGAGAAGAACAAGAAAGUGAUUUUCCUCAGCAAGAAGCCCAAGGAGAAAGAGCUGGACUCUAAGAGCCAAGUGAUCGAUGGCAUCAGCAGGCUGAUCUGCACUGCCAAGCACCAGCACACCAUGCUGAGAGUUUCUAUCGACGGCGUGGAGUGGAACGACGUCAAGUUCUUCCAGCUGGCCGCCCAGUGGCCCACCCACGUCAAGCACUUCCCCGUGGGCAUCUUCGGCUACACCAAGCCCAUGUGACCCCGGGCCGCCCCCCCAUCGCCCCCCGGCCCUUGUCCCUCCCGACCACGCCGGACCCUCCUCUGCACUUGUGUCCCCCCUGGAAGAGCUCCCGGGGGCUGGGGGUGAAGCGUCCCCCCCCCCCCCCCCCCCCCCCCCCCAGUUGUCCUGGCCGCUCUAGUUUUCCUGUGGAAACCUUAACUGGCUCACACACACCCCCACCGCCCCCAACGCGCGCGCUCAGCCCGCCAGCAAGUUCCAUGUCGUUGAGUUGCUGCGUUUAAACUUUCAAUGUUGAUGUUGUUGAGGUUGUUGCCGGUUUUUUCGUUUUUGUAUAUUUACACACUACAAAGAAAUGAGAGAGCGAGAGAGAAAGGGAGAGCGAGAGAGAAAAAGAACAAGUAUCUAUUUUGUAAGAUUUGUGCUGCCACCUUGGGAAACUAUUUUGAGGUCUGAGAGAAUCGCCACAUUUCGAUUUGACGGCAGCUGUGUUUGCACUUUGUUUAUGUUAACAUUUUAUUAUUUCUGUGAAAUUCUCGUGCUAUUGUUACUCUACAAAACGGAGGCGUGUGACAGUGAUGUGCAGUGGUGCAUAUGAGAUUGCUGGAGAUUGUGUUUGUGUAUGUUUAUUGACGGUUGGAAUAUUGCUGUGAAUCUAGAUGGAAUCCUUUCCCUUCUAAUUAACUCAGUGUUCUGGUUUCUAAUAUAAUUUUUCACACUAAAGCAAAAAAAAAAAAAAGGAAAAAAAAAAGAUUUUAUAGCGACAAACAUACUACACUGUUUAUUUCUUUCUGCCUUGUUGCUUUGAAGCAUCCUGUUUACCUAACAAGCAAAACGAUAACAAUUGAAGUAUUUGUAUUCUAGAUGGUAGCUAUUAUGAAUGUAGCUAUAACGCAUUUGUACCACAUAUAUACAGUGCAUUAGCUCAGUGCUUUGUUCAUCUAUUUAAGCAACGCUCAUGUUGGUGGUGUCUGGACUUGAUUGGGAACAGGACAGCUGGUCUAGUCGAAGCAGGGUUGAUCUGAUGAACCACAUAGUCCAACUCUUACAGCUGAAUGCCAAAUGUAAGAAUCCCUUUUGUUCUGACAUGUCAUGUUCGGUUUGAAGGUUUUUGUUUUUGGGGUUAGAGUUCACUGAUUCCCCUUGUGUUGACAUCCGGCCUGCCCCUGUUUGUAAGGGGUAACUUGGGGUUCCUAACCACAUGUUUGUGUGUUGUGUUUAGAAGAUGCGUCGGCUCUCAUUAGCAUCACUUGGAAACCCCUCUUUGUGGAUGUCCUGGUUCGGGACUUCUUGAGUAGAUAUGUGGUGAUGUGCCAAAAUCCAGUUGGUUUAGCGCUUUUGAAUAUACACUACACGGCUUGGUCUCGUCCCUGCAGGAAUCCGCUUAAAGUAUGGCGUUUCCCUAAAUCUUUGUUUGCUUCAGCGAAGUGGCUCAUAUUGGUCCAAAUAAAAAAUUGCGACUUCUUACAUCUUUUAAGUGUUCAAAUGCUAAACGAGAACAUCAAAAUAUAAUAAUCCCUAUGUGGCUUGAUAUGGAAGUAGUGCAAAAAAAUGUUAAAUGUUAUGUCGUUAAGACAAGUUACCCACUCAGUGUUGAAUAUGCCUAUACUAAGAAAUGUUUUGUUUUGGACUUUUUGGAAGUCUGACUUUAACGUGCGUUGGCAGCCGUGCGACGCACGACGCGAUGGGAUGAGCAGAGGGUUUAAGUCACUGCCUAUGUGUGUCUGUGUAGGUGUGCUAAAUAUUUUAUGGUACUCCCUGAAGUGUGUUAAUUAUGUGAACUAUUUGCAAUAGGAAACCUUUGAGAGAUAGCAAAAAAGGGCCUUCUUGGUGAUGAAUUACCUGUUGUUGCUUUUUAUAUAAAGUGAAGACUUUCGAGCUUAAACAAGCUGUCUUUUAUAGUAUUGUAUAUAAACUAUAGAAGAUGUACUAUUGUGAAUUGCAAAUUCCCCCCCCUCCUACUAAAUUUAAAGCACAAAUAAUUAACCUUUAUUUCUUCUGGAGGCCAAAUGUAUUUCAAUAAUUGUUUGAUUUCUAAAAUGCAAACACUAGUCCAAUGUGUAAUUUCUUGUAAAUUUCUCGCCCACUGGGUAAUGCACUUUUUGUGGUUGAAUCCACCGUUCAGCUCCAUUCAGAACACACUUGGGCUCGGAGGUCGUUGGAGGCUAUGUCUGAAUUAUAAACCACUACCUUUCCGUCACCAGAAGGCAUUUCUUUAUCCGAGUGCAACAAGAGCCCUCUAUAACCGGGGCUCAGCGUUCAUGACGGGAUAGAGCGCCUCCAAGUCUGACAAGUAUUUUUUUUUCUUUUGCGCUUUCGUCUUUGCUACUUGAUGUUAAAAGUAACUCUUAUUCAACAUCUACCGGCACAUGUCUCCCUGUGACUGUACACUCGAGCUGUUCCAUUUCUCUACUUUAAUACCUAUUCGCUAAAUUCUCCAGAGAUGACCCGGCCAGUGUCCAUUCGUAAGCCCUGUGCUGUGAUGUGCUAGCCAGGGCCGGAGAAGGCUGUAAAAGAGAUGGCCCUUUAAAACGUCAUAAAGAGAGCAUACAGGUGUAUUUCAAUGACCUCCGUUACAUUUUACCCUAGAUUUAAAAAGGUAGCAUGGGGGUGUUUUACAGGAAUGGAUCAGUGAGUUGGCUUUUCGGCUUUUACAGCAACUUUUUCACCAAACUUAAAGCACUGCAGUAAGCAAACUUUCAACAUAACUUAUGCAUCAUUUUCCCCUUAAGUGGUCCUACUCCAUAGCCUGCCAAGCGCCACCUCAUUGAUCCUGGGAUUUGAAAUGCCACCCAAGUGUCUUUGCACAAACCCUAUUUUAAAUGACAUGACAGUAUUUUUAAAUUUACCACUAAGAAAAUAUGGGUUACUCUUUGCAUGUUUUACUAUAGUUGUAAAUACGUUUUGGAUUUUUUUAUAUGGUUUUGUUUCUUUCCAUGCUGUCACAAGCAUUUGUGUUAAAAUAAAGUUUUUAAUCUUCUGUACAACCAGCAUUUGGGGUUUUCAUUUCCAGAGUCAAACACGUGGUUUUCCACUUUUAUUGUGGCGUAAUUGCUUAAUAGAUACAAAGACACUUCUCAGUCACACACAGCGAGAGCGAAGUCAGAGCCCUGUGCUCAAGCGGCUGAAAUGGAGGGCAGGUUGACGUAGCUCUUCAUGGGCGGCAGCGGUUUGAUCUUGCGCCCGGCCCAGCCGCCCUUCCUCUUCCACAGGCCGCUGGACGGCCGGAUGCCCAGCCAGCGGUUGCGGCCCGCCUUGCCGAUGAUCCUCUUGUUGUGGUCCACGUUGGAGACGCGACCCACCGUCACCAUGCAGGUCUCCGCCACCUGAGCGCCAAAGCGGGGGUUUAGCGUUGGAACAUUUACAUUUAGGGCCUUGAGCAGACGCUUUUGUCCAAAGCGACUUAAAAUAAUGCAGAGUCUAGGGUGAACUCUGAACAAGAGGAUAAG